AAUGUAGCUAUAACACGCUUUUAAGACGCCAAAGAAGCAAGUGGAGGAAAGUUUUGUGUUAGCAUAAUAUGCUGUUUGGUUGGCAUUUAUUACAAGUUUAUAGGGUAAUCAUUUGUUAAUUUAAAAACAAAAACAAAGAUUCAAUAACUACGUACACCAUUUUUUUUUGCAUUUUUAAACUUAAAUCUGACUUAAACGAGUGUGAAAGAAGCCAUAACCAGAAGAGUUGCGGUAACAGCAUGGCUCUUGAUAUGAGAUUACCGACUGUGAGGAAAACGGUGUCUCUGUCAGCUUCCGCUUUCGACCGAAAGGAUCUCGUUGUUCCCGGAGACAUCAUCACUUCGGACACAGGUUUUAUGAGGGGGCAUGGCACUUAUGUUGAUGAAGAAAAGCUGACAGCUUCAGUUGCUGGAGAGGUGCAGAGGGUGGACAAACUCAUCUGUGUCAGACCACUGAAGACCAGAUUUAAUGGCGAGGUUGGAGACGUUGUGGUCGGCAGAAUUACAGAGGUGCAGCAGAAACGUUGGAAGGUGGAAACCAAUUCCAGACUGGACUCUGUCCUCUUGCUGUCAUCAGUAAACUUGCCUGGAGGAGAGCUGAGGAGGAGAUCAGCAGAAGAUGAGCUGACCAUGAGAGAAUAUCUUCAGGAGGGUGAUCUCAUAAGUGCAGAAGUGCAGUCUGUUUUUUCAGAUGGAGCCUUGUCAUUACAUACUCGCAGUUUAAAAUAUGGAAAACUGGGUCAGGGAGUGCUGGUGCAAAUUUCACCUUCUCUGAUCAAGAGGCAGAAAAGUCACUUCCAUAAUCUUCCAUGCGGUGCAUCUGUUAUCCUUGGCAAUAACGGCUUUGUGUGGUUGUAUCCCACACUGGGACAACAAGAGGAGGAAGCUGGAGGUUUCUACACCAGUCUUGAGCCUGUUAGCCUGUCAGAUCGAGAGGUGAUUUCACGGCUGAGGAACUGCUUACUGGCCUUGGCUGCACACAAAGUCCUUUUGUACGACACCAGUGUUCUCUAUUGCUAUGAAUCUUCCCUGCAGCAUUCGGUCAAGGACAUCUUAAAACCCGAGGUGAUGGAAGAGAUUGUCAUGUUGACCCAACAGAAGCUGCUGGAACAGGAAGGAUAAAAGGCUAAUGCUAAAACCACAUCCAACAACGGGGCCACCAUCCACUUAUCCAAAAAUUAAGUUUAGUUGUCUUCUAUGAAUCAAAGUGAGGUGCUCAGAGAUCACAUUCUUUAUUUGAUAUCAAACAUUAAUAAUGCAUAUAACCUGAAUGAAAAUUAAAAUGUUGUCCACAUUUGUAAAUGCUCGGUGUGACAUUACAUUGUGAUGGUUUUGUAUAAAAUAAAAUUUCAGUCAUUUCUGUAUA